AUGCGGACGUACCUCGCGGGCAUUUUCCUCGAUAUUCCCGAGCGGACGCUGGUUCGCGGGCUGGAAGAUGCGACCGCGGCCGCACAAGCGUUGCGUCCAUCGACGCCGUGCGCGCCACGGGUCUUUGACGGCGCAUCGUGGGCGGAGCUCAGCGAUCCAAUCCCGGCCGCCACCCAGAACGCUCUGAUGGGCUCGUAUGUGGCGACGAUUUCGACCGAGUAUUAUCGCAACGCGACCAUCUCGCGCGGCGAGAGCGGUGAUCUCGUGCUGCAAUACGGUGCCUACACGGCGCCGGUGUAUUUUGCACGCAACUCGACGACGACGUUGCUUUGGGCGACGGAUGCCAUCUCCAUCGGCGGUCCGACGUUUGGUGUCGAGGGGCUCAACACGUCGUCGCCAACGAUUCUUGUGGACGUCCCGUUCACCAAGGUCUAGGCGACUCGAUGAUAUAGCUCCAAUAGGAAGCAUAUUCAAGAUAAUAAAGUCCUUUGGCUAUCCA